UUUAUGCCUUUACCAUUGCACUGCAAUGUCAAGUGUAUCAGAAAAACAAAGGAAACUUCAUUCAUAAAGACAAAUACAGUUAAGUAUUAUUCAGGAAAUUAAGUGGAUGGUGGUGCAGAAAACAACAAAAGUCUCCACCCAAUUUCCUUUUACCUUCCUAACAUAUCCUGUCACAUAAACUCUCAUAACAUAUCCUGUCUAACAACUUCAUUUUACUUAUAAAUUAGUAAGACAGAACAGAAUUGAACAAUCACAAAAAACACCAUAUCCCCCUUUACACACAUGGCGGAUAGCGUGGUUUCGUUCCUUUUGGGACACUUAUCCCAAUUGCUUCAACAUGAAGCUAACUUGUUGUUUGGAGUGGAAGACAAAAUACAAUCCCUCCAAAACGAACUCGAAAUCAUAAACGCCUACCUCAAAACUUCCUCUAAAGGGAACAAGAACAACAACAAAGAAAUAGAAAAAAUAGUUCUGAGUCAGUUCAGAGAUGCCGCUCACCAAGCUGAGGAUGUCAUCGAUACGUUCAUUGCCAACGUGGCCAUCUACAAGAGGAGAAAUGUGCUCGGAAGAAUGCUUCACAGCGUUCAUCAUGCAAAGUUGCUCCACGACGUAGCAGAGAAUAUUGAUAAGAUCAAAACCAAACUGAAAGAUAUACAUGAAAGCAACAUCAAAUACAAUCAAGAAAGCAGUAACCAAUCAACAUCAGCAACAGAAGAGGAAGAGAGGAAACGGUCGCUGCAAAGAUUAAGAAGAAAUGUGGAGGAGGAAAAUGUAGUGGGAUUUGUCCAUGAAUCUGAAGCAGUCAUCAAUAGACUCAUAGAGGGUCAUCCACUGCAUCUCAACGUCAUUUCAAUCGUUGGUAUGGGUGGAUUGGGAAAAACUACUCUUGCAAGAAAGGUCUACAACAGUGACAAGGUGAAGAAACACUUCAAUUGUCGCGCCUGGGUUUCCGUUUCAAACGAGUGUCGAACUAGGGAACUUUUGCUUGGCCUUCUUCAAAAUUUGAUGCCAGAACAUGAUUAUGAAUCUAGAAGCGGCAACAAAAUAAAAAAGAAGGGUAAGAAGAAACACAACGAAGCUGUGAGUAACUCACAAGGCUUCUCUAGCUUAAGUGAUGAUGAGCUUAAGAAAAGAGUGUGGGAAUUCUUGAAGUUGAAAAAAUAUCUACUGAUUCUUGAUGACAUGUGGAAAAUACAAGAUUGGGAUGAGAUCAAAGAUGCUUUUCCCAAUGAAAACAAAGGGAGCAGAAUACUAAUAACUAGUCGUUUGAAAGAAGUUGCUUUGCAUACCGGUCGAGAUCCUUACUACCUUCAAUUUCUCAAUGAAGAACAAAGUUGGGAGCUCUUCUACAAAAAAGUGUUUAGAGGAGAAGAGUACCCUUGUGAUCUUGAAUCUCUUGGUAAAGAAAUUGUUAAAAGUUGUGGCGGUUUGCCACUCUCAAUUGUGGUGCUUGCUGGACUUCUAGCAAACAAAGAAAAGUCACACAGAGAAUGGUCCAAAGUUUUGGGUCAUGUUAACUGGUAUCUUACUCAAGACAAGGAGACUAACGUCAGGGAUGUAGUACUUAAACUCAGUUUGGACGACUUGCCUUCAAGAUUAAAACCAUGUUUUCUGUAUCUAGGGAUAUUCCCCGAAGAUUCUGAAAUACAUGUAAGGCGAUUGUUGCAGCUAUGGGUCGCUGAAGGAUUUAUACAAGAAACUGGUAGCAGAGAUGCAUAUGAUGUUGCUGAAGACUACUUGUAUGAGCUCAUUGAUCGUAGUUUGAUCCAAGUAGCACGAGUGGAAGAUAUCGAAGGUGUGCAAACAUGUCGCUUCCAUGAUCUUCUUAGAGAUCUCUGCAUAUUAGAGAGCAAAGAGGACAAGAUCUUCGAAGUUUGUACAGAAACCAAUAUUUUAAUCUGGUCAAAACCUCGUAGAUUGUCUGUUCAUUCUACAAUUUCUCACUAUGUUUCUUCAAGCACCAAAGACCAUUCAUGUGUCCGCUCUUUGUUUGUCUCUGAUCCGAACUACUUCGUUGAAAACGACGAGUGGAAAUGGCUUACCAAAGACUUCAAAUUGGUUCGGGUAUUGGAUCUUGAGAGAAGAUUUUAUUUUAAGAUUCCUUCCAAUUUGGGUAACUUUAUUCACUUGAGGUACUUAAAAAUAGGCGCAGAAGAUAUUUGCAGCGUUCCAGAUUCUAUAUGCAACCUUCAAAAUCUACAAACAUUAUGCUUUGAACCGUCAACCCUGUGCGACUUUUUUGGCAUCCCAAUUUCAUUUCCAUAUGGAAUAAUAAAGCUCAAGCAUCUAACACAUGUGUAUACUAAUAGGCCUAUCGUGCUACGCGGCAGUAGUUCCAAAUUAGAUGGUGAAGUUAUGUGGCGCCUUCAAACAAUCAGUUUCCUUGCACUUGAUAAGAAAACAACAUAUCUCAUAGAGAAAGGAAGUUUCCCCAAAUUAAGAACAAUACGAGUGCAGAUCUUCAAAGGUGAUGUGCCUACAAUGUUGUUAUGCCUGCAAAAAUUGAUGCAUUUGAAUGAGCUAGAAAUCCACGUCCAAUUUGAUGAGAACAUCAUUGGAAGGAUCGCUCGUAAUCCGGAGGAAGUGCUACAAAGUUUGAAAUACUUGAGACAUCUGAGUAUACUGAAAAGCACCUACCUCCCCAACCUUAUAACACAUGUAACCAUGUUUCCUCCCAACAUUACCAAGUUAACAUUGUUAACUAUUAAAAAAUUGAAUGGUAACGGGAUGAAAGCUAUUGGAAGUCUUGCCAAACUCCAAAUUCUGAUCUUAAGCGGAAUAUUUUACGACAAAGGGGAUUUGGUUCCAUUUUUUGAUCUUAAUUUUGUUCAAGAUGAGUUCCCACAGAUGCAGCAGUUUCAGAUGAUAAAUUUUCCUAUUAAAACCUGGAAAUUAGCCAAUGGUUCGUUGCCACGCCUUCAAUGUCUCAUUGUUCACAACUGUGGUAUGUUGGAUAGCCUCCCAAGUGAAUUGUGGUCUUUGACUACCUUAAGAAAAGUCUGUGUUCAGAAACCCUCUGAUGCAAUGACUGCAAUGUUACAAAAUCUGAAAGUUAAUAAUGGAUGUGUACUAAUUGUAGAAUAAUUAGAAUUUUAACUAGUGCUCGUUUGAUUGUAAUUUCUAGAUUUUUUUCUAGUUACAUUCCAAAUAUUUCCAAUCAAGCCAUUUUCUUUAUUAGUUUUUGAUCCAGCACAAUGUACGGUUGCAUUUUUUAUUCAUAUGGAGAGCAGUUUAGUUAUCUUA